CACCUAACUAGUUCUGGGCGUUGGCGGCCACUCCAUCCCUUCACAUGCCAAUGCCAUUCCCCUUCAAUCCCAUUCACUUUUUCUUACCUUUUCUCUCUCUCUCUCACGCACACACGCAUAUAUAUAAGACUAGUCUCAAACACCCUUUAACCCCAAACCAAAGAAACUCUCUUACCUGAUCUUUUGUCCGUUGUCUCUCUCUCUUUUUGUCUGAUCAUAUUUGUUUGUUGAUCUAAAUGGUAAUAAUGGAUACCCAAGAAUCAGGGCAAGGGAUCAAGCUAUUUGGAACAACAAUUACGUUGCAUGGAAGACAAGUAAACGGAGAGCUUAACAAAGCCGAUCAUCCGACAGUUGAUAAGAGGCCAGACAAGAUCAUACCUUGCCCUAGAUGCAGGAGCAUGGAGACCAAAUUUUGUUACUUCAAUAACUACAACGUUAACCAGCCUAGACAUUUCUGCAAAGGUUGCCAAAGGUACUGGACAGCAGGUGGAGCCCUACGGAACGUCCCCGUUGGGGCUGGCCGCCGGAAAGCCAAACCACCGGGUCCUGGUCUUGGUCUUGGUGGGUUCCAAGAAGGGUGUUUAUAUGAUGGGUCUAGUGCGGUGCAACAGUUUGAGGUGGAAGGGAUGGUGUUGGACGAGUGGCAUAUUGCCGCCACCAAUGGUGGAGGUUUCCAGCAAGUUUUUCCAAUGAAGCGGAGGCGAAUAAGCUGCUCAGCUGCUCAACUUCAACCUUACUGAUUUUCACUCCUAGUAAUUCUUAUCUGUUCUCUCCCGUUUUCUCUUUUUUGUGGCAGAAGUUUCAACAAAUAUUAAAAAAAAAUUGUAUGAAUUACAGAUCAAUGUAAAUACAGGAUGGUUUUUGAUUAA